UGUGUUUUUGUGUGAGGCUUUUUUAACUUUAGAUGCUUUCUAAUGUAUUAAGUAGAAAAUGUAAAACCCAGUCAAACUUUUUUAUUUGCUCAAGAUGCUUUUUUCAAACAUUUUCUCCAAUCAUCAGAAAUCCGAAGUAUCAAACCGAAGUUGUUUACAGUCAACCAUUCAAGUUAAGAUAUUUGCAAAGAAAUUUACUUUUCAAUAAAAAAUGGAAAUCAACAGGAGUAGAAAAAACUUUGAGUAGUGAUGUAAAGAGACUUUUAUCACUAGCAUAUCCUGAACGGUGGACUAUUGGAGGAUCUGUUGUUCUUAUGCUUGUCUUUUCUUCAAUAUCAAUGUCUGUUCCUUUUUUUAUGGGAAAAAUUAUUGAUGUUAUGUAUUCUUCAAAGGCUGAAGAUCAUAUGGAGAUGUUGAGUUCUUUACGUUCAAAUUGUUAUCUUUUAUCAGGAGUAUUUUUUAUUGGUGCCUUGGCUAAUAUGGGAAGGUUGUACAUGAUACAAACAGCAGGCCAAAGAAUCAUUCAGCAACUUCGCAAGAAGACUUUUAAAUCAAUAAUUUCACAAGAAAUUGCUUUUUUUGACCAAACAUCAGCUGGUGAGCUUACCAAUCGAUUAUCAAAUGAUACAAUACUUGUUGGUAAAGCAGUAACAGAUAAUAUAUCAGAUGGUUUGAGAGCUCUGACACAAGCUGUUGGAGGCAUUUCAUUAAUGGUAUACACUUGCCCUAAACUUGCUGGAGUGUCAUUGUUUGUUGUUCCUCCGGUUGUCUUGUUUGCUGUUAUCUAUGGUAGAUAUGUACGAAGCAUAACAAAAAGAGUGCAGGAUAAACUUGCUGACUCAAGCAAGGUUGCAGAAGAGCGACUGAGUAAUAUGAGAACUGUUAGAGCAUUUGCUCAGGAGGAGAAUGAAAUAGUGAAAUACGAUUCAGAAAUCAAUCAUUUUUCUAAAUUAUCUCAAAAAGAAGCAUUGGCCAGAUCUGCUUUCUUUGGCUUUAAUUCCUUCACAGGCAAUGUUAUUGUUUUGGCCGUGUUAUACAAUGGAGCAGAAAUGAUGGUUGAAUCAAACAUUACUGUUGGUGAUUUAACUUCUUUUUUAAUAUACACUGUUUAUGUUGGCAUCUCUAUUGCAGGAAUGGGGUCUUUUUACACAGAGUUAAUGAGAGGUAUUGGUGCAAGCUCUCGCAUAUGGGAACUUACUGAUAAAGAACCUGAAAUACCGCUUAGAGGUGGAAUGCAUAUAUCUAAUGUCAUUAAGGAUCACUCAGUUUUGUUUAAAGAUGUUUGUUUUAACUAUCCAUCUCGAAAAGACUUACAAGUACUUUCUAAUUUUCAUUUAUAUGCUGAGUCAGGAUCAUCAGUUGCAAUAGUAGGCGAAAGUGGCAGUGGCAAAAGUACGAUUGGAUCUUUGUUACUUCGUUUUUAUAAUAUCAAUAGUGGUUCUAUUAUAAUAGGCGGUGUCAACAUUAAUGAACUUGAUCCAUACACAUUAAGAGAAUUUAUUGGGACAGUAAGUCAGGAGCCUGUAUUAUUUUCUACAACAAUUGGUAACAAUAUUUCAUAUGGUUUAAAAAAUGACGCGACAUUUGAAGAAAUUGUUUCAGCUGCCAAACAAGCUAAUGCAUAUAAUUUUAUUAUGACUUUCCCAGAUGGUUUCAAUACAAUAGUUGGAGAAAAAGGCCAAAUGUUAUCAGGUGGUCAACGACAACGUAUAACAAUUGCUCGGGCUAUUUUAAAGAACCCGAAGAUACUUCUCCUUGAUGAAGCUACAAGUUCAUUGGAUGCAGAAAGUGAAUAUUUAGUUCAAGAUGCUUUGCAAAAGUUAAUGAAUGGUCGAACAACGCUUAUAGUCGCUCACCGUUUAUCUACUGUAAAGUCAGCAAAUAAAAUAGCGGUUUUAAAGCAAGGCAAAAUUUCGGAAAUCGGGACUUAUCAAGAAUUGCUAUCUAAAAAUGAUGGUCUAUUUCGGCAACUUGUUGAGCGACAGUCAUUUGUUGGGUAAUAUGAUUACGUUUUCUAAUGCCUAAAAUAUUUUUCAAAUUAAAGGAUAUAGAAUAGCAAUAACUUUGUUAAGGCGUCAAGAUAUUUUGAUGGUGUGAAAUUAUCCAUUUUUAUUCAGCAUAAAUUAUUUUGAAAUCAUUAAUUUGAUUUCUUUACAAAAUAAGAAAUAUUUUAUAAAACACAAAUAUAAUGCAUUAGAUUGGUACUAUUA